UUCCGACAUCCCGCCAGGCCCCUGGAAAGCCGUUUUGAUGACUUAGAGGAAGAGCCCUGGCCUCGGAACUGGAGAGACCUUGCUCGUGUCUUACCUUGUCGUUUAUAGGCUGUGUGCCCUCAGCAAGUCUGCGUUCCUGUCUGCGAAAUGGGAAUGAUCCCUACCUUCCCGGGUGGCUGUCAGGUUAAAAGUGCUUCAGAGGCUGUGCAGCCCAUGGGCAGCUGUUUGAGCAUCCCCGGCUUUGCAGGGCCUGGGAGUCCUUGUGGAGCCACGUCCCCCGUCUCCGAGUGGCAGGGCCCUAAGGCGGGGAUGGCAGAGCUCCAGUUGCCCAGAGCUCCUGCCCUGCGUCCCUAAGAACGGUCCCCUCUCGCCCACCUUCUCCUUGAUGAGCUUCCUGCUCCACAGGCCCCCUUCCUGGGGCCUCUUCCACCACCUGCCCAACUGCCUGGCCUUAGGAGCUCAGCAUGUGACCAAGGCUGCAAGGCAAGAAAUCCUCCCCUCUCCCUCCCCACUCCUUUCAGUGAGUAACAGGUGCUAGCUCUUGACGGUGAGCAAGGGGUACAUGUGGCAUCGUGUAGCAGAGUCUUGUGACCUGUCUGCAGAGGGGAUGCAGAAGGCCUCGGCUUUCCCACCUGCACAAUGGGCACAGGCUCGUCCCAGACUGUCUCGAAAAUCUCUUCACCUCUGACCUCUGACCUCUAUGACAGUUCUGUUGACUCAUAACCCUGAGAAGGGGAAGCCCCGUGAAGGCUCUUCUGAGGUCUUGCGGUCUACUCCCCAGCCUCCAAGUGACUUCCAAGACAGGAGGGCCCCAAGGCAGGAGCACUGGCCUGGGGGUCAGGAGACAAGUGUUCCCAUCUGUGCACUGUGGUCAGUGGCUCACUGUGUGACCUUGCUCAGGUUACAUAACCUCUCUGGGCAUAAGCAGCCCAAUCUACAAAACCUAAGAACACCAAUCCUAACACUCCCGUGGAAUGUUGGGGAAGUGUCAGCUUUGUGUGUACUUGACAAAGGCCAUAGACUUGGGGGUGAGGGGGUCUAAGAGUUUUCCCAGGAGGGAGAGUCCACUCCUCCCUACCAUUAAUGUUUUUGCUUCCCAGCCUCUCUUCUUGCCGACCCCCAUCCCGCUUGCUUUGGCUGGGAUGACUUCUUUGACUCAGGCCCCAGUAGCAUCGAAUUCUCGACUGCCCAUCAGCUCAUGUCCAAGACAAGAUCCAGAACCCUCAGGCCGUGUUCAUGCCCUAUGCCCCGGAGCCCGGGAGCUCAUGCCGGCUGCCCCUGAAAGAAUACUAUGACACAAAGGCCCAGAUGUGCUGCAGCAAGUGUCCACCAGGCUUCCGAAUACAAACCUCAUGCAACAGAACCUCAAACACUGUGUGUGGCUCCUGCGAGAGCAGCACAUACACCCAGCUCUGGAACUCGGUUUCCGCGUGCUUUAGCUGCAACUCCCGCUGCAGCUCCGACCAGGUGGAAACUCAAGCCUGCACUCCAAAACAGAACCGCAUCUGCUCCUGCAAGCCGGGCUGGUACUGCACCCUGGGGAGGCAGGAGGGGUGCCGGCUGUGCGUGGCAUUGCGCAAAUGCAGCCCCGGCUUCGGCGUGACCAAACCCGGAACUGCGACAUCAGAUGUGGUGUGUGCGCCCUGUGCCCCGGGCACGUUCUCCAGCACACUAUCGUCCACGGACACCUGCCGGCCCCACCGGAUCUGUAGCUCGGUGGCCAUUCCUGGCACCGCAAGGAUGGAUGCAGUCUGCGCAUCUGAGUCCCCCACCCUGAACGUGGCCCAGGGCCCAGCCCCCACGAGAUCACAACGCAUGGAGCCAACGCCGGGGCCCAGCGUAGCUCCAAGCACCGCCCCCCUGCCCCCGAUGAUCCCAAGUCCUCCAAGUCCCCCAGUUGAAGGGCUCAACACAGGGAACAUCUCUCUUCCAAUUGGACUGAUCGUGGGUGUGACAGCCAUGGGUCUGUUAAUAAUUGUCCUGGUGAACUGUGUCAUCAUGACUCAGAAGAAAAAGAAGCCCUUCUGCCUGCAAGGAGACGCCAAGGUGCCGCACCUGCCCGCCGAAAAGGCCCGAAGUAUCCCCGGUCCUGAGCAGCAGCACCUGCUGACCACGGCGCCCAGCUCCAGCAGCAGCUCCCUGGAGAGCUCGGCCAGCGCCCCGGACAGGAGGGCACCCACCCCGUCCCAGCUCCAGGCACCGGGCGCGGACAAGACCAGUGGGUCUGGAGAGGCCCGGGCCAGCUCCAGCAGCUCAGAGUCAUCUUCCGGCAGCCACGGGACCCAGGUCAAUGUCACCUGCAUUGUCAACGUGUGCAGCAGCUCUGACCAUAGCUCCCAGUGCCCCUCCCAGGCCAGCUCCACGAGGGACACAGAUGCCAGCCCUUCCAGCUCCCCCAAAGAUGAGCAGGUCCCUUUCUCCAAGGAGGAGCGUCCUUUUCAGCCCCAGCCGGGGGCUCCAGAGACUCUACUGCAGAGCCCAGAGGAGAAGCCCCUGCCCCUGGGUGUGCCUGACGCCGGGAUGAAGCCCAGUUAACCAGGCUGAUGUGGGCUGUGUCCUCUGGUCCUUCUAGGCCCCUCCCCCGCAGGACUCUGGCUCUUUCUGGGCUAAAUUCUUUUAGUGGCUUCCAAGCCCCGGGCUUCCUCUCACCUGCAGGCGGAAGCAUGAGGCAGGGAGAGUCGUGGUGUGUCCUCUCCUGGUGUGUGUCUUUCUUGGAAGGCUGGUGGACACGGAUGUGCUGGGCAGCCUGGGGCAAGCCACCCCCUGCCCCAACCUCAGUCGGUCCUGUGGGCUUGGCUUCUGAAGCCCUUGUCAUGUUUGUGUUUUAUUUUUCUUUUAAUCCUUGGGCUUUACUAGGCUCUGGCUUCCUUCUGGGGACGAGGGAUGCUGGGUGCAUCAUUCGAGGACAAGGGGCAGUGGAGAAAGGGCAGGCCGUUAAAUUAACCUGGAUGUGAGACUGCAGGACAGUCCCAGCAGGGGUGGCAGGCAGGUUGCCGUCAAUCAGAUGGUUCUAUGCAUGGAGAGGGUGGCAACCCCUGUAGGGGACAGGAGUCCUCCAGGUUAGCUCAGGACCCCUGAGAAGCUGCAUGUCCAAAUCCACUCCUGCGAGCCCCAUCUCUUGUAUCAUGGGGUGAAAACCAGAUGCCCAGGGAGCCCAGACAGGCAGCCCAAAUGAGUGCUGUGAGCUGGUUAAAAUGGCAAACCUCUAACCAGCAAACCUCUAAUCAGUCGGAAUCUUCCAGCUUUGACGUGGUAAUUUAAAAACAAAAAAGUAAGCACCAUACAGACAAACAAGGCAACAAUGUAACAAAGCCAAAGUCUCAAAGUUUGCAUCUGGUGCCUUUGAUCUUCUCCCCGCCCCCGUUUACCCAUAGCUCUAACCUCCCGACCUCCCCCACUGUCUGGGGUUGGGCUCCAAGGCCACACCUUUUCCUAUCACGAACCGGAGGUGACUGAGGCCCCUCAGCCAUCUCCUCCUACCUCAGCCUGGACCUUCCUCCUUUGCCUCCCAAGGGGGUGCUCCUGUUUCUUCCCACCCCUGCCCGCUGUUCCUGGAGUUCCAGGUCCCAGUGGAUCCUCUGAGCCACUUUGGUACUGUGCCCUCUGAGAGCCGGAGUGGACGUGAGAUGCUGAGAGCCAGUCUUGUGUCUGUGUGUCUGUGAGUCUGUGUUGUACCUUGUGGUUCUGUGCAGUCCGUGUUGUUAGGUCAGUGGCCUGCCAGAAGCAGCUGAAGCCAACACUUUUGCCGAGGGAUGCUUCCUCGUUAAGGAGCCAGCCCACUCCCCGCAAACACCCGCCCAGGCCCUGCAGGUGGUGGACCAGUGUGGCCUUAACUGGAUGUGGGAAGGAAGGGGGAUGGGGAGCUCCUUGAGAAGACAGGUCCCAGGUACUUGGAUCCCUUGUUGAAAAAUUCCACUGGACUUGAACUUGGCAGCUGAACUCUCGGAGGGUGGGAGAAGCCCAGCCAUUAGACUGGAAUGAAGAAAGGCAUCCCACCCUGGGAUCCCUGACGACAUCCCUCUGGACUGGAUGGCAGGCAGCUGGGGUCUCUGCCCACGUUGGACCCUUUGUGGCCGUGGAGCACUUCUGCCCCCUGGCGGACAGUGCUGGGAAGACCUCAGGUCUCCUUGCCAUCGCCCCAGCAGAAGCCGGAAACUUUGGAAGGAGACUUUCCUGGCAGUGGACUCAUUUUGUUACUUUGUUACCAGACUUGCCAGCCAACAGACUCUUGCUCAAAAGAUGCCAACCUCUCUCUUGAAUAGGAACUAACACAGACCUUUCAGUUAUUGGGUCUGGACCCAAGCCAUAAGAAGAAAAAGAAAAAAGAAAAGGAACCAACAGAAACCCAGAUGGUGAUGAAUCUGACCUCCCACAGGUCCCCGGUCCCAUCCUACCCUGAUUUUACUCCAUGAGCAUAUUCAAUGACAGACCUCCCGGUGGCCGUGACCAGAAAUCACUAACUGAAAAAGGACAGGAAAGAGGUGACUCCCUCAUUUCCAGGAAAACCCUGCCUCUUUUCCAGAAAACUGAUGCAUUUGUCCCCAGUCAUUAGCCUCACUCCUCCCCCGAUUGCCUUUACUCCUUAAAAGCAAAUCCCUCUGGCCGUUAAGGUCAGAAAUUGAUUGAUGAACUUAAGUUCCUGCUUCUCCAUUCUCUGGUCAUUGAAUAAAGCUUGCACUGCUUGGA